AUGAAGCCCGAUUACGAGGUCAGGCUCUUACUCAACCCAACCGCGGUCCUAAGCCCUAAGAAUGAGCUGAUGGGUACCGUCCUGUCCACCUUCGGGAUACCCUUGACUGCCACCAUGCCCCCAACUGUCACCAAGCUCAAUGUCCAGUUCAUCGACACGCGCUGUAAGGAAAUAUAUACAGCCGGCUGGAGCGUUCGUAUUCGCAAAGAAGAAGGCGACGACAAAUUCGAGUUAACAUAUAAGAAGCGGUAUGCCAUAACUGGCGGUGACAUUGACGCCGCUCUUACUAGAGCUAAUAACGAUGGUUUCAACGCCGCUACCGCAAAAUACGACGCGCAAGUCGAAUGGGGAUACGAGGAGCAGACACUUUCUAUCAGCCGUAAGAAAAAAGCGGCUUCUGGGAAUAGCGGAACGGACUUACCAGGGACAAUCGACUCACGGGAAAUGCUAAUUGAUGAAGCGCCGGAUGAGUUCGACAACUUUAAAUUCAACGAAUGGGGCACCAAGGCAAUAGAGGUAUCGCGCAUCUUUGGUCCGGUCCUCUUCAGUCGAUUUACUGGCUCGUGGAAAGGGAUGCCGUUAUAUAUCGAGAUCUGGCCCCUCUUGAACUCCGAAGGUACAGGAAUCGAGUAUAUCGUCGAGGCUUCCUUCAAGACUAAAGAUCGUGCGACAGCUUCGACUGAGCAGAAAGAAUUAGCCGCCUUGUUGGAGAGUAGUGGUUGGUUUCUUGCAAAGGACUCUUUGAAGACGGCGCUUAUUAUGGAGCGCUACUCACGUGGAAUGUGUUGA